AUGAAAGCUGCUGUGGUUUUCUUCAGAGAUGUGCACAGUGGCCAGGGUCAUACAGGGGUCUUCCGAGACAGGCUCCACUCGGAACAGGCCAAAGAAGUUGAAUCAAAGAAGUUGAGACCUUCUGCUGUGCAUCAGGGUUCUCAGAAGCAAAAGUCUUCAUUUUUAGGUCAACGUCUAUAUGGAAACACCCUCACAGCAAUUUACUGCCAAGGUGCUUCUGGUGUUGGUUCAGAUAAAGUGUCUGUGAAGGAGGGAGAUUCAGUCACUCUACACACUGGUGUUCAAACAAACCAACAAGAAGAGAUUAAAUGGUAUCUUAAUGACAUUCGCAUCGCACAAAUCAGUGGAGAUCUCAGUACGAUCUGUACAGAUGUUCAGUGUAAUGACGGUACUGAGAGAUUCAGAGACAGACUGAAGCUGGAUCAUCAGACUGGAUCUCUGACCAUCACAGACAUCUCAAACACAGACUCUGGAGAUUAUAAACUAAAGAUCAUAAGCAGCAGCAGCAGCAGCAGCAGUGAAAAGAUCUUUGUUAUCACUGUCUAUGGUGUUUCUUCUGCUGAACGAGAUGAAGUGAAGGAGGGAGAAUCUGCCACUUUAGAUCCUAGUGUAAUAAAAAACCCAAAUGAUUUGAUGAGAUGGUAUUUUAAUGACAUUCUCAUUGCUGAAAUCACUGGAAAUCAGAGUAAGAUCUGUACAGAUGAUCAGUGUGAUGAGAGAUUCAGAGACAGACUGAAGCUGGAUCAUCAGACUGGAUCUCUGACCAUCACAAACACCAGAAACACAGACUCUGGAGAAUAUAAACUACAGAUCAUCAUCAACAACAGCAGCUUCAGCAUCAGCACAGUGAAGAGAUUCAAUGUUACUGUCACUGCUGUUCCAGAUUCAGAUCUGUCUUCAGGUGUUGUAGCAGGAAUAAGUGUUGCUGUUAUUUCUGUUCUGCUGGUUGUAGCUGUAACUGUUGCUGUGGUUUACUAUCGCCGCAGGAUCCAUACAGCAGUACCACAGGAUGAGAAAAAAGAUAAUAACUCGCCUGAUCUGAAAGACAUUCCUUUGGAGGAAGUGGACACAUCCUUGAAUCAGACUCAGGCCAACAAAACAAUAUAACAUUUAUCAUUUUGAUAACAUAACUGAAAGGGAAACUGAAGAGUAUUAGGAAAUGGUGGAGAGAAGAGGAUCAGCUGAAAGUCUCUUCAGAGAAAUUGUCACGAGUCCAAGAUUUCAGUGAUCAGCACCAAUACCAAUCAAAUUACACCUAUUACAAACCAAUUUACAUAUGAAAUCAGAAACUGAUUUAAAUGAUAAAUAAAAAUAUUUAGGGCCAGAUUCACUAACAGCUUGUACCAGUUCGAACCCUCAUUUGAUGUUAAAAAAUACUUCCAGGAUUUACUAAAAAAGACAAAGUAAAAAAACAAAACAAAUUGUGCUGAAAAAGCAUGGUCAGUUAUUUUUGUGAUUGACCUUAUUGCAUAUGCAUUUGUAGGAGUUUCCCUUUCAGAUGCUAAAUUUAUGGGAGAGUAUUUAAUUGAAUCACGCAACACCAUUUACUAAGGUUUGUGCUCGUCAGUUUACUGGUAUUUGCACCAUUAUUUAACGCCCCAAAAAAAGCAUGUCUUAAAGCAGAAGCUAAUUUGUGCUGCUCUUGGUGGAUUUGUGUUGGUCAUUAUGAAAAUGCUUUUUUCCCCCUUCGUGCAUUGUCUGUAAAUCACCCACAGAACUUUACACUCCCAUCCACAGCGCUUUUAUGGGAUUACAGCGCUCUCACGCUCAUUUGUUCUGUUGGUCCUUAGUCUUAAACAGUAUACGAGCAAUAAAGAAAGAAACAAAACAACAUGUUACCAGCAGUAGAUCAGCGAGUGCUUGAUGUCGUUGAGUGUGUAAAGGUUUAUUAAAGCAGCUGAAGGGGUCCAGACAAAACAGUGUCAUUUGCACUAUAAUCUGGUUUGACAUAUCAGUUAUUUUGACCCGUCCGUUUACAUCCUCUUAUGAUAGUAAAGUUAACUGAUAGAACUGACUGCUUUUCCAUAAUUUCCUCAACAAGACAGGCAUUAUGACCAACCUCAACACAAGGACAGUCUGCUCUACUGAUGCUGUAGGUGGCUUUUCCUGGUAUUUUUUUUUUUUUUACUGUUACUGGAAAAGUUUGUUAUCAAUAUGUUGCUAAUGUUUAUAGUUUAGACACUAACCCUUAGUCAUCAACCUUCAUCAGAAAACACUUUCCACCAGCCAUUCUGGAACCAAAACCAGCCUUAAUAAAACACUUUGCUGAGUGUAUUUUUUAUGCAUGUAACUGGACGCAUAUGUGAUACUGGCUGUGUUACUCUGGUGUUAAACUUAAAAAAUACUUGAUAGAGGAAUGUUACAGAAAAGGUAAUUAAAUUUUAGUAAGCCUUCAUUCAUUUGUUAAAUAUAUCUUUAUCUUCAUAGAUGAAAUGUGCAAAAAUGAGUCACAGUGAAAUCAAAAUGUUCUGUUUUCUUCCCUGAAGUUGAGAAGUAAUCAUCUGUGUCAUUUAAUGAAGUGCUGAUUAGUUAAUUUUAUUGGUUUCCAUGUGAGGAGAUGAAAAUCUGUCGUGUCUUUUUUCUUCCAUCUUGUGUCUCUUUCAGAUCUGUAGUUGUGUUCAGCUGUGAUUGUAUUUUGUUGAUGUGUUUGUCAAAUAUUAUCACUGUUUGAUGGAGACGAUUGCCUUCACUUAAUUACUCUGCUCAGCCAUUCUAGCCUUCAGCUUGUUCCUUGUUCCAAUUUUUGGAUCUGUAUUUCAUCUGGUGCUCAUUGUAAAUAUGUAAAUGGCCUUAAUAGAGAUGUGUCAUGGAAGUUUAUUUAUGUCAGGUUAAAGUUAGUUAAGUUAUUUAAGUGUCAAAACAAAUAUAGCUAAAAGCCUGUAGUAAAGUUUUUUUUUUUUUUUUUUUU